AUGGGAUCACGAGAAUAUUCUCCGCGUGGGAGGAGUAUGAGUAUUUCUCCAGAAAUUUAUCGAAGAGAAUCUCCAGAUCACAGGCACAGAAGUAGGUCUAGUUCCAGAUCACCUAAUCAUAAUAGAAGGCAUAAUGGACAUCACAAAAAAUCACACCACUAUGAUUACGUGGAGAGGAGAGAAAGCGAUUAUGACAGCGACUGGGAGUACAACAGAGAAAGGGACCCUUGGGACACAGAGAAAGACAGAAAAACGAGGUCUCGGAGUCCCGACUACAGAGAGCGAGACAGAGACCGGGACAGGAGACACCACAGAGGUAGAGAACGGGAUAGAGACAGAGAGAGGGAACACCGAUCGAGACGAAGAUCGAGAAGCAGUGGAUCGAGGUGGGAGAGGAAGUCGGAAGAUAGAAAAGCUCGUGACAGAGAUAGAUACCGGGACGAUGAUAGGGACAGUGAUAGUGAGAGGAGCCCCAAUGGAGGUCUCAUUGGAGCGAGCGGGUCAGAGAUUAUUGGAUACAAGAGUCAACCUCCCAAUAAUACUAUCAUGAUCAGGGGAUUAGCUCAGCACAUAUCUGAAUAUGAUAUUCGUCAAGACAUAAUUGCGUGUGAGCUGAUGCCCAAAGACAUCCGCCUGAUCAGGAAAAAGGACACAGGUGCUUCCCGCGGUUUCGCCUUUGUCGAGUUUGCCACACUGGGUGAGGCCGUACGUUGGAUGGACAUUAAACAGGGUGUUUUGAUGCUGCAAGACCAGUACCGUGCUAUCAUGCAAUAUAGCAUACCGAAGGACAUGAGCACGUCCGAGAAACUGCCUACUCAUAAGGCAUCGGCAGAUUGGUUCUGCAUAAAGUGUGGAGCUCAGAAUUUCAAAAGAAGAGACAAUUGUUUCAAAUGUCAUGCUUCGAGGACAGAGAGUGAAGAAGGUGGAAGUGGCAGUGAUGAAAUUUGCAACUAUACUACGAAAACUAUUAUGAUGAGGAAUCUUGACGCUUUGACUACCGAAGAUUCGGUAAUGGCGAUGCUCAACACCGCCAUUCCCGAUUUGGUCAAGUCCAUAUCGGCCGUUUGCAUCGGUCGGGAUCCGCUGACGUCGACGUCGCGAGGGCUGUGCUACCUCGGCACCGAGAGCACCAUCGACGCUCUGGCGAUAUUUGGGACCUUGAACAGCCUGAAGAGCCCUCUUACCAUUGAUGGCAAAACUGUGAUAUUAUCCUACUGUAAAUACAACAUGGGCGACACCAAAAAGGCCUACUCGCAGGCGGACAGCGACGCCUUCCCGAACGCCGGCGUGCCCAGCACGUACGCGAUGACCGACGUCGACAGCCUGGCGGAGUACGCGGCGCGCCGGUACGCGAAAUCGCCGCAGGAGUACCUGCACUACAUCGAGUACUACCGCGCGUUCUUCGCGCAGCAGAUCAGCUCCGGCCAGUCGAUCACGCUGCAGGAGAACCAGAUGGACGCGGCGAACGCGGCAGCGGCGGUCGCGCAGAGUGCCAUCCAGCAGCUGAACGCCAACAAGAGUUAUUACGACGGUGGGACGGCGGCGGCGGCAACGCCGACAGGGACCGACGGAAAGAAGUAUCCCGUUCCUGACGUGUCGCGGUACGUGUACGACAAGUCGACCGGCUACCAGUACUGCCCGCAAACGGGCCUCUACUACGACCCGGCGUCGACGUACUACUGGAACAGCCAGGUGCAGCAAUGGCUGUACUGGGACCGCGACAGGCAGUCGUACCUGCUGGCGCCCGCGUACGACCAAGGGGCGUACGGCCAGGCGGCGGCGGGUCAAGAGGGCGGCCAGGAGGGAGACGGCAAGCGGACCAAGCCCGAAAAGCAGGACAAGGUGAAAGUAGCGAAGAAGAUAGCGAAAGACAUGGAACGAUGGGUGAAAACGCUGAACCAGAAGAAGGACAACUUCAACAUGAAAUCAUCGGCCGACUACAACUCCGGCAGCAGCAGCGCCUCGGCGGACAUCGGCUUCUCGGUGCUGGAGAAGAAGGCGGUGACGAUCGCUCCCGCCCCACCGUCGUUCUUCAAGCAGCCCGAGGCGAUCGAAGAGGCGCCGAGUACCUCCGCUGCUGCGCCGUUGGUGGCUGCUUACGGCGGGGAGAGCGAAUCUUCAGGCGACGAGGACGACGACCUGCUGGACUUCGCGAAGCUCAUCUGCCACCUGUGCAAGCGCCAGCUGGGCUCCGGCGAGGCCCUGGCGAAGCACGCGAAGCUGUCGGCGCUGCACAAGCAGAACCUGGAGGCGCGCAGGCAGCGCAAGGCGGACAAGCGCGACGACAAGAUCGUCUACCGCGACAGGGCGAAGGAGAGACGCAUGAAGUACGGAGACCCGGACGAGCCGAAGCCGAGCAAGCUGAAGGAGAAGUACCUGAAGGCCAGGGAGGUGGAGGGGCCGUCUUCUGGAGGCGGCGGCGGCGCCUCGGUGACGGAGCCAAUCGGGGCCGAGAACGUCGGCAACCGGCUGCUGCAGAAGAUGGGCUGGACGGAGGGCCAGGGGCUCGGCAAGCAGAACCAGGGCAGGACGACGAUCAUCCAGGCUGAACAGCAUAGCAGCACUGUAGGAUUAGGAAACAAACUUCCAGGUUACACCGCUUUAGCUGGUGAAUCGUACAAAGACUGUGUGAAAAAGAUGAUGUAUGCUCGUUAUCAAGAAUUGACGGAGAAAGAAAGUAGUAAUUGA